GCAGCGGUGCAGUGACGCGCGGCGAUUGGGUGAGCGCGAGCUAAACUGAGUGUUGUAGAGUAAAAAAGACAAGACCCACAACAACAGCGGCGGCCGUGUGAAGCAAACUAAAGUCACGCUCGCACUUUGGAGGGUCACACGAUAAAUAUUCGGAUGUCAGGAUGGCUGCAAAAUUCACAAUUUCAGACAGCGAUUCAGAGGAGGUAGGGGAAGGAGAAAACCAGCAAUCAGCAGGACAAGAUCAACAAAGCAAGCGCCAUAACCUUACCCUUCCUGAGCUCAAAAUAACAGCUGCCAGGAGGAUCAGGAUGAACUCAGAGUCCCACACUUCCUCAGUCUCCAGGGAUGAGGAGCUCGUCGUCAGAGGGGAGGACGAGAUCUGUACUCCCACAGAGGGAGAUCCAUUCAGGCGAAGGUCAAAAUCCGCGCCCCCUGCUCUGUGGGCUGCCAAGAAGUACGGCCAGCAGCUUCGAAGGAUGAGUGAUGAGUUUGACAGCCUACUAGAUAAAGGGGAGAUGAAGAAGGUCAAGAAUGCUGGGACCACCAGAAAGAUGCACCACUCUAAAACCUGGUGGAGCUAUCUCUUUAGUCACCAGGAGAGUGAUGGAGAGAACAGCCAUCAUGAAAACCACACACAACGCACUGAGUAAACACUGAGAGAGGAUAAAUGGAACAAUACAAGGUCUGGGCAAUGGAGGAGUUGAUUGAGAAGGCUGAAGUGGUAAAGCAGAAAGAACGUUUAAGAUCAAAACAAGACUGAAGAAAAUUUGUCUCGAUCCAAAAAAAACAAACAAAAAAAAAAAGCCACCAAGGCAUGGCUAAGUGGGACGUACAGUAAAUAGCAAAAAAUACACUUUCGGUGAGUCCCGUCAUAGUCGAGCCAUUUAUGUCAUUGGUAACUACCUUGAAAUAGAUCUUUUGUACUCGUGUUGCGUGUGAUGUAAACAAUAUUGUUGGGAAGUCCACUGUGCAAUUCAAAGUAAGUUAUAAGGAUGGACUGCUGGCUGUCUGAAUCCAGCAAAACGGAUGAAAAGAUGGGCCAAAAGAGGAGAGAGAAUCUCUUAAACACACAAAGAAAGCCUUGUUUAGUAGUAGAUUGCAGAGGCGCUCAGUUUAAAGAUCUUUGCAAUACAGUUGUCUCUCACAUCAACACUAUGCAAUGUGCUUUGGGUGAAGAGAUAGGUGACACCUGACUACUGGAGGCUGUGUUGAAUGCUGUUAGAAUUUCCUUCCUGCUUUCCUUAUUUUCCUGAGGAAAUUUCCAGAGGAUGUUAAUGUUUGACUUGCACAAUCACAGAAAGAUUACUCUGGUUCUGUGCCAAAAUAAUCUGCAGGCAACAGGAGAGAGUACAUUUAAAAGAAAAAAAUGAUUUUUUUUUUUUUUUUUUUUUUUUUAAAGCAUUCAGUUUAGGCUUCGUCUUAAACAACUGUACUCAACUAUCAACUGCUUUAUACCAGAAAUUUUUCAAAAAGAGAGAACAAUCUUUUUACAAGGACAAUCUUUGAUGAUGCAGAAGUAAAACUUCAGGGAUAAUAGCUGAGGACAUUAAACAUAAAGGCACAGUCCAAUAUGAAUAUCUUUUUAAAGCCUUUGGACGUGCAGGAAAAAUAAAAAACCCUGCAAUUUUUAUGUGUAAAUAUUUUGUUAACAUUUUCAGAUGGCGAGUGGGGAGGGGGGCUAUAAGCAGGGUGGUUCAGCCAGAUUUUAUGAACAAGGUUGGCGUGCUGCUUAAUCAGCUUGGCUAACUUAGCAAUAGGCAGUGUACAAUCCACGGCUGUUGUGAUAAAUGUUACGCACUGAGCUCUCGGUGCAUGGAGAGGACGAACACAGAGUCCAGUCACACUGAAGACUAAAGUAAAGGAUUUCCACUUGCUUUUUGCUUGCAGAGUUUUGCAGACUCAGUCCUGAUGAGUUUUUCUUUAUUAUUUUGUUGAAUAAUCAGUUUAAAUAUGAGUUGUUCACUUCCUCCUGUAAGGGGAUGUGACUAAAAUGGGCACAUACUCUCCCAUGCCUUAGCUUUAGAAGUGCUGAUCUGAUGCUAGCUUUUCGGGCGUUUUUUUAGGCACAUGAGAUGUAUAAUACAUACGUUAUGGAAAUUCUGCUUAAAAGCAAAGAUCAGCAUUUCUGUGCAGCUCGGUAAACAUGAGUAGGCUUCUCGUGGCUUGUUUAUCAGUUAUGUGAUUGUUGAAAAUGGUAAUGGGUUUGUUCUACUCGUCCUAUUCUUCCUUCCUCGGCUUGUAGCGUUGUGAAGUUGUCGGGUGUGCAGGCUAAGGAGCUGCAUUUGUAUCGUCUUCAAAGUAAAAAACUUUAUUAAUAAGGUUACAAGGAGAUAUAUAUAUCUAUAUAUAUAUAUGUGUGUGUUUCCAGACAAUCUAAACGGUGCCACUUUUUCUGAGACUCAUCCUGUUCUACCGUGUGUUUGGCAACGUGUGCCCUGACUGAUCAUUUGUCAAAUUUAAACUACUUACCUUUUUUUUGGGGGGGGGGGGUCCUUAAAAAAAGGGGAGGUGAAAUUUAGGAGGGUUUUCUGAUAUCAGAUUUUUAGAGCGAUGAGUGAUUAAGUAAGGAACAGCAUUUUACAUUCUAACAUGUCAAACCCGUUUUGUCAGAUAGCAGAUGGUCAUCUUCUCAACAUGCACUGUUGAGAAGUCUGGGCCAGAUUGUGAAGCUUUACCCUGCUGAAAAUGAAGAUCAGAUGGACUUUAAAAUGAUUUAAUGUUGCAAAGAACUGCCUUGAACGCGCUGUGACCCGUGACGCCGCAUAGCCAGCCUUGUCUGUUUACCCAAAUACCGCCUUAAACUUCGCUACUUGCUUUCACAAAUGACACUCAGAGAGAAAAAAAAAAAGCACAACAAUGUGGAAGUGCAUUUACUGUCAUGAGUUUCAACACACACACACGCACACAAUAAAAUGGCUGAUGUGGAGUUUUGGCAGCUGGUUGUAGUUUUAAACAUCCGUGGCAGUGAACACACCCCAAAGGAAAAACCUGCCUGGGAACCUGGAUUUUUGCAACCAUCUGUAGUAUUACUUGAAUCUGGAGAGGUGUGUGGAGAAAAAAAAAAUAUAUUCUUUUUUUUUUAUUAUUAUUUUAGGUUCUUUUUCAGUUUUAAUGACUUUUGUAAAUGUAUUUUCUCUACAACUGUGAAAACUCUGGUAUAUGCUGUCCUGAAUAAAUAAUUUUAAGAGUGCUUUUAAA